GUACCUGAACCUCCAUGUGCACCCAGUACUCCUCACUAAGGUUAAAGAAGGUGUCGGACUGAAAAGUCAGCCUGAGAAAAGAAGCCGAAGCAAAGGAGCGGCUCGUUUAUAACCUCAGGGACAGUAGAAGAUGCGUGGACAGAAACCGGACGUGGAGGAGCUGCUGAGGCAGUCUCAGACCGAGCUGCUCUGGAUUCGGAGGCAGUUGGCAAUCAUUGCAGCUCGGAACGCAAGUCACACCCGGGCUAGAGAGAAGCUGAAACACGAGGUCCUGCCUCUUCACCUGUCCAACGUGAACCGAUUUCGCCUUCUGGAGGAGACAAAUCGAACCCUGAAGCUUGAGGUGGCCACACUGAGGCAGCAGAAGCAGCUCUACAAAUCACUUGAAACCGAAGUGAGUGAGAGGAGGAAGAGAUGUCAGCUUCUUGAGCGCGAGGUGAAGAACAAGAUCUCAACAUGCCAGAGUUUAAAGCAUGAGCUCCAGCGGGCAAAACAAGAGAGGAAACGCCUCAAUAUCCAGCUGUUCAGUCACAGCCUGAAGGCGGAGCAGUACGAGGAGGUAAAGUCAGACUAUGAGCAGCUCAGAGCGACGUUGGCGAGUGUAAGUGAGCAGAGGGACACGGCAAGACGGGAAAAAGAUGAGCUCCGAGGCAAACUGGAGGAUCUUGAGCAGGCCCUAAAGCGUAUGUGCGAGGCUGCAGAAGCAAGGCAGCAGCUGGAGGCAGAGCAUGAACAGGCCCUGGAGAACCUCAGCUCCACACAGCAGGAGAUCCAGCUUCUGCGAAAGGCUCAGGCUGAGGCUGAUAAAGAGCAUGAAGAAAAGGUUCAUCUGCUGAAGAUCAAAGUUGAGGACCUGGAACAGAAAUGCCAGAUUCAGAGUGACAAGUGUAAUAUUCUGUCCAAAGAGUUGGAGAAAUUUCGCUUGGGUUUGCACACCGAUCGUGAGCUCCGUCCAGAAACCACCACGUCACGGAGAACAAUCUGUAACCUCCUCAACGAGCUGCAGAGUCGCACUGGGAAAGGUGAUGAGAGAUCUGCAGGUUCUCCGCUAAUCUCUGAGCUCCUCCAGCCACUGCAGGUCAGCAGAGACACGCCUGAGACGCCGUUGCACAUUGACAUCGCCAUAACAGCAAGACCCCAAUCAAUGAGCACCUCAGAGAUGGGGGAUGAGGUGAGUCCUGCUCCAAGGUCCAAGGCAAGAUACACAGGACAGGUUCGUCUCUGCACGGCCCGCUACAGUUACAAUCCUUACGAUGGACCCAAUGAGCAUCCUGAGGCUGAGCUGCCUCUGGUUGCUGGGAAAUAUCUCUAUGUGUAUGGAGACAUGGACGAUGAUGGAUUCUAUGAAGGAGAGCUGCUGGAUGGCCAGCGUGGCUUGGUUCCUUCUAAUUUUGUAGAGUUUGUCCAGGACAAGGAGAAGCCUUCAUUGGAUGGAGCAGAGGAUCUGGGUCAGCUGGAGCAUGGCUCUUUAAGCCUAACAGCCGUAGACGGAGGCGUAUCCCUGGACAGUCUAAGCAUCGACUCUCUCGGGCCCUGCAGUAAUGGGACUGGCAUUCUGGAUGCUGAGGAGCUAGCUGAUGACAUUGUGCCUUACCCGAGAAAAAUCAACUUAAUCAAACAGCUGGCAAGGAGCGUCAUCGUUGCUUGGGAGCAACCUCUAGUGCCCCUCGGUUGGGGCAACAUCAAUGGCUACAAUGUUUUAGUAGACGGGGAGGUGCGUGCCACUGUGCCGUUCAGUGGCAGGACCAAACUCCUGGUGGAGAAGCUGGAGCUGGCUGCCUGCACGUACCGCGUGUCAGUUCAGAGUGUGACGGACCGAGGCCUGUCGGAUGAGCUCCGCUGCACCAUGCUAGUGGGACGGAACGUCACAGUGGCCCCGACAGGCCUACGCUUGGACGACAUCAUGCGUGACUCAGCGGAGCUCUCUUGGCUCCCCAGCAACAGCAACUACUCACAUACAGUGUUUUUGGAUGGAGUUGAGCAUGCCGUGGUGAAGCCAUGCUGUUACAGACUGCGCUUCAGCAACCUGAAAGCCACCACCGUGUACAAGGUGAGGGUGGUGGCCAAACCACACCAGGUGCCCUGGCACAUGCCACUGGAACAACGAGAGAAAAAGGAGGCAGGGGUCGAGUUCUGCACACAGGCUGCAGGCCCUCCUCUGCCACCCAGGGACGUGCAUGUUCAGUGUGGACAGGCUCCAGGGAUUCUGCAGGUCCACUGGAAGCCUCCAUUGUUGACGCCUAUGGGGACCUCCAAUGGUGCCAACGUCAUUGGCUAUGCAGUGUGCACCAAGGGCCAGAGGAUUGCUGAGGUAUUGUACCCACUGGCUGACUUUGCUACAGUGGAUCUGAAUUGUAUCCAGUGUUUGGAGGCCCAUGAGGUCGUGGUCAGGACUUUAUCAGCACAAGGCGAAAGCCAAGAUUCACAUGUCGCCGUCAUUCCUAAUAACCUGCUCGUGCCUCUACCCCAAACCCACCUGCCACCUCACCACAUGCAAUCUCCUCUACCACACCAAGUGCCCCAGCCCCUGCCUCCUCGCCCUGCACUCCCGCCUUCAAUGCAGCCGCUUCCCCCUCAUGCUGGCCCUGAUACAAUUUCCCAUCUUCAAACGCUUCCCAUUUGCCCAAACCAGCCAGUCGCUCAUCUCCAGCCCCAUCCUGUGCCCCAUCCCACUCAGCCAUCUCCUCCUCACCUCCAGGCUCUACCUGCUCACCCCUUCCCCCAACCCCAGCCUACCAUCCCAAUACCUCAGCCCACAAUCCCAAUACCUCAACCCACAAUCCCAAUACCUCAACCCACCAUCCCAAUGCCUCAGCCCCACAUUCCCCAGCUGCCCCAUCCCCAGAGACCACCAAGUGCCAGAGAACUGGAAACCAAAGAGCAGGUACCAGGCAUGCUUCAUCCUGCUGGGGGUCCUGCACAACCAUGGGAGCCUGUGUGUUCUCCGUCUGGCCUACCCCCAGCUCUGCCACAUGGACACACUCUCGAGGCACCGCCAUGCCCUAAUCGCCGCUCACCUUCUCCUCAGAGAAUCCUUCCCCAACCAAGAGGCACGCUCAUCCCGGAUACAAUGGCCAAAGCCAUCGCCCGUGAAGCUGCCCAGAGAGUGGCUGCAGAGAGCGGCCGGAUGGAGAGGCGAAGUCAGGGCUUUCACUCUCAGAACUCAGAUGAGGAAGAGGAUGAGGAAAGCUAUCAGUCUCGCAGAAGAGGAGCAUCUGUGGAUGACUUCCUCAGGGGCUCAGAACUGGGCAGGCAGUCCCACUACAGUCAUAGUGAAGAGUACCAGACAGAAAGCAGCCGAGGUUCAGACCUAUCUGACAUUAUGGAGGAGGAUGAGGAGGAGCUGUACUCUGAAAUGCAACUGGAGGAUGGACGACGGCGCAACUCACACAGUGCACUUAAGGUUGGAGGCAACGUUACGUCAGGAAGGCUUGAUCGGGACUCAAAUCGGAGGCCAGCUCAUGGAGGUCCUCAACCCCAGCGCAGACCCCUCAUGGUUCCCUCUAUUGAGAUAACCACUGAGAGUAACAGUGAGGGGAACCGUUCUCCGGUCAUGGAGGAUGUUUACUAUGGCCGUGUAGCGCGGCACAGGACAUGGUGUUCACGGAGGCAUGGUGGCCACAGGCCUCCUUAUGGAGGUUACAGGGACCGAGGACGGCGGUCUCCUCCGUACUAUGACGAGUCCGAGCCUGAAGACCCCUUCCGUAUCUUUGUAGCAUUGUUCGACUAUGACCCUCUCUCCAUGUCCCCAAACCCAGAUGCCGCUGAUGAAGAGCUUCCUUUUAAAGAAGGACAGAUCAUCAAGGUGUAUGGGGACAAAGACACUGAUGGGUUUUAUCGGGGAGAGAUCCGUGGCCGGUCUGGCCUCAUUCCCUGUAACAUGGUGUCAGAGAUUCAAGCCGAGGAUGACGAGACUAUGGAUCAGCUCAUGAAGCAGGGCUUUCUACCCCUCAAUACACCAGUGGAUAGAAUAGUUUUACUCCACCCUCCAGUAGCAGAUCAGCUGACUGGACUAACUGGAAUAGAGGACAGUCGAAAAGGCGGCCGGCAUCCCAUGGCUACUAGAAGAAUGGUUGCCCUUUAUGACUAUGACCCCAGGGAGAGUUCACCAAAUGCGGAUGUUGAGGCCGAGCUGACGUUCUGUGCUGGUGACAUCAUCGCUGUAUUUGGGGAGAUAGAUGAAGACGGCUUUUACUAUGGUGAGAUUAAUGGACAUCGUGGCCUGGUUCCCUCCAACUUUCUAGAAGAAGUGCCUGAUGAUGUGGAGGUCUAUCUCACAGAGACUCCGUCCCACCCUGACCAGGAAGAGCCAGUGCCGGCGCCGCGGCCAGAGCCUAAACGGGUUCCAGUGGAAAACAUGACUCCAGCACCCGUCCUGGGAAGACCAGCGUCCCCGAUCGUGCGUCCUCUGCUCCCUGUGGGGUCAACCCAUCCCCUUAGUCCUGCCAGGGGGCCGCGAGACCUGAAAAAGAAGAAAGGACUGCUCUCCAAGGGGAAGAAACUACUCCAGAAGUUCUCAAAGUAAAAAAAACGACGCCAUACACAAUCAAAAAAGGGCAACAUGUUCAUGUUUUCAAGAAAAUCUACAGCCAUGUUCAUAUUUAUGUGCCAAAAAAACAUGCAGUAUAGGCCAGAAAUUAGGAAGCAACUCGUGAUUUUUUUUUGAUUUUUUAUCUUGGCUGGUAAUAAGUUUAUUUAUUCUGGAAAAAUAAAUAAAUAAAUAAAUAAAUAAAGAGUCUGAAUAAAUGUAAUAAAUGAUUUAUUUGAUUUUGCAUUUUGCAUCAAAAUGUGGAUUACAUCUUAUAGUAGGAUUGUAUGCCUCAUUUUUGGAACCUUUUACAUGAAAGCAGCUUUGUUUCAACUAGAUAUCAAUAAAAUUUGCUUUAAAAAAAAAUCACUUGUUUGCUUCCACUGGCCUGUAGUGAAUAUUAGAGCUGCCAGUUUAUCAGGUACACCUUGGACACAGGUCACUUGAGUGUUCUCACUUAUCCAGUGUUUGAACAGAUCUCUAGUGUGUGAACGUUUUUUUUAAGCUGAGAACACAGAAAUCACACUCGGAUCUGAGAGCAUCUGAGCGAGGUGAUCUGUUUCUGCUUCCUAUUAAACUUGAGUAGUGAGAAAGCAAACUGACCAACUGAUUGACUUUUAUAGAAAAGCCAGACCUGCUGUGUAUUUUGGGUUGCAGCAUUUUGUUUGUGGAUGCAAGCUGUUAAAACGCUGGAUGCGGAUGUUAUUUCGAAUUAAUUGAAUUCUUCUAUUUCACCAACUUCAUGUGGCUGUCCAUGUGAUUUCUACACACACUUGGUAAAAGCUCGUGUACCUUUUUCCGUCGCCACAUUUCUGACCAAUAAUUGAAAGACCAUGAAAGAAUUUUUCAGCCCUACAGAUGUUUUGGGGUUUUUUUUUGCCUUUCUCUUCAUUUAAUUAUAUGCAGUGUGAAAACAAAGCAAUUAGCAAAUGAACCAAAACGAUCAAUUUUUGAUCAAACUCUGACACUCGGAUUCAGACACAGCAGACAGUGUAAUAUGUGUGAAAGCACCCCUAAAGAACCUUUUGAUUAAUGGAGUGUCAAAUUCCUGACCCUAAGAAUUAAAACAAAUCACCAAUUGUAUCUAAUAAAACUUUAUGAACCUGGAUAGUGAAAAACUAUUGGUCUGUUGUAGCAACAACAACAAAAAAAAAAAGAUUUAAAAAAUGUAAGGUAUUGCUCUAGAGUUUAUUUCUUGCAUUUCUUGCAUUCAAUAGUAAAUAAAUAAAUAAAUAAAUAAAUAAAUAAAUAAAUAAAUAAAUAAUCACAUACCACUACAGCAUUGAACACAACCCAAAUAUUCAGCUUAUUAUUUUUUAACUGUUAUUCGAACUGCAGGACUUUUUAUUUCAGAACUUCAUCCUUUAUUCAUCCUCAGAAAUGAUCAUUUGAGUACCUACCAACUAAAUAAUAUCAGCUUAGUGAUGGUUGUGCAUGGCAUAGAGGAGUGCUAAUACUGUACACAGAGCAGCAGAUGGGUUCCAGUCUAAGAAUAUACGCUCUUAAAGUGACCAGUGUGGUGGGUGGAUAUGAUAAACUGGCAGCUUAGUAAGUGAGUCAAACCUUCUGUGACGUAGAAUGUGGAAGUGUAAAUUAUGUCCAGUCAUUAUUAAUUCAUUAACAAUAUCACACACACACACACACACACAUACACACCUGUUAAUAAAUCAAAAAUAUACGAAGAUUCAAAGCCAAAUUAAAGGCUGAGCUAUAUAAAAGUCCUGUGUAGAACCGUACAACUGUUUCCAUAAGAAACCUUAAUUAUCCAAUGAGCAUUUAAACAUUCCCAUUUUUUAAUGCAUUACAACAAAGAAUUCUCUUUCAGAGAGACUUUUAAUAACUCUUUUAAUAAUCUAUAUAAUAAUAAUAAUCGUUAUUAUUAUUAUUAUUAUUAUUAUUAUUAUUAUUAUUAUUAUCAUUAUUAUUAUUAUUAUUAUUAUUAUUAUUAUUAUUAUUGUUAUUAUUAUUAUACAAAUGUCCCCUUUUCUGAGUGUAUUAAAUAAACAUUUUCUGUUAGCAUGUUCUAUACAUGCUGUAUACUAUACACUUGAACCCUAAAGGAAGAGUAUCAUUAAGUGCUUUAUCUAGAGCUUUACAAAAAUGUAUUUUCCUAUCAGACAUGGUUCACAGUACUCUUGUGUAACCUUUUAUGUAUUAAGUCAUGUACUGUAAGUCAUGUACUGUAAGUCUAUACAAUAGACCCUAUAUAAAAACCUUUUUAAAGAGUGUACCCAACAACAGAGUGCUCCACUUUCCUUUUAGGAAGAUAAGAACCCUUAUGAAAAGUGUUUUAACCAGGUUCACAGUGUACCGUAUUAUACAGUGUACAUUUUCAGACAUGACCCAACCAACCAUUAAAGAAACCUUGAAGAAAAAACAUUUUUCAAAGAGUAUAUGUAUUAACUGGGUGGUAAAGAUGGGGUAAAACCUCCAAAUUCUUGCACAGUAUUUUCUACUUAAUGCCUAGAUUCUGUUGGGAACAUAGCCCCAGGUACUUGGUAAACUCUUACGUUUCUCCAAAGUUCUUUUUAAGGUUUUGUUGAAAUUAAGGGCUCUUCAGAUUUUAAACAUCCUUAAAGAGAAAGCCUGUUGUAGGGUUCUACAUAGAACUUUUAAGGAUUUUCACACAGAGACAAACUUAAAAACCCUUAGGGGUUCUAGUAUGAUGUCAUUAAGGAGAUCAGGUAUCAAAGCAUAACGAACAGGAAUAGAUACAGUCCCCUCCGAAAGUAUUGGAACAGCAAGGCCAAUUCUUUUUGUUUUUGCUAUACACCAAAGACAAAGGUCUGAGGUCAAAAGAUGAAUGUGAAAUCGUAGAUCAGAAUUUUAGCUUUCUAUUCCUGAUAUUUACAUCUAGAUGUGUUAAGCAACUUGGCAGGGCACCUUUUGUUUGACCCCACUGUGACUAGUACAUGUGACUGGCAGAUGCCCAGGUAGGCUUUGUUAGAUUGAUUAUUUAAACAGUCUUGUUCUGGGUUUCAUCUGUGAAGACUGUAUUUGUUUUUGAAAAGGAUAAACCAACAUAAAGACCAGAGAGCUGUCUAUGGGAGAGCUUAGCCUAGAAAACAAUUUGUAAUGUCCAGAAAAAGAAAGAAACCACUGGUUUACUAACGAAUAGGCUUUGAACAAAAAUGGAGCAGAAAUAGUGUAUAGAGGCCGUAACACAAAGUGCAAAACACUCUUCAGCAGAAAAUCGGAAGGCCAGAUUCAAAUAUGCAAAGAAAUACAGAGAUUAGAAGGCUCUGAAACCAAGAUGAACCCCUAAUCUUUCAGUGAUGGAAAGAACAAAGUGUGAAGAAAGAAAAGAUCUGCUCAUGAUCAAAAACAGCUCAUCAGUCAAGCAUGUUGGAGAUAGUGUCAUGGCUGCUUGUUUACAGAAACAUUCUGUUUGCUAAUUUACAGAGAAUUUAAUCCAAUCUAAUUGGGAGAAAAGUGUGUGUGGUUGUUUGUCUAUGUGUGGCCCUGUGAUGGACUGGCGACCUGUCCAGGGUGUACCCCUGCCUUUUGCCCUUUUGCACUGGCAUAGGCUCCAGCAAACCCCGUGACCCUAGGAAUCCUAGGAAUAAGCGGGUAUAGACAAUGAAUGAAUGAAUGAAUUUGGAGAAACGUUAUCAUGCAGCAGGACAAUGACCCAAAACACACUAGGGAAAAAAGUGGAAGGUUUUAGACUGGACCAUACACCAAACUGGGUGCAUUGUUUAUCAUGUAAAAGUCAGAUUUGGUUUUGACUCCAAACUAAAGAUUUUUUGAGUGGAUAGCAAGAAGGAAAAAACUGGUCUUGCCAUUUUUAUGCUUUCGCAGGGGAAUGUGUAAAAUAAUGAAUGAACCAAAUCUCAACAACCCAUUGUUUUUGUCAAGAAUUAAUUAAUCAGUCUCUCUCUCUCUCUCUCUCUCUCUCUCUCACACACACACACACACACACACACACAGUCUCUCCCUGUGUCUCUCUCCAUCUCUCUGUCUCUUUCUGAAAAAAUUGUAGUCGUGUGAUUAAGAGCUGUGCUGCUAUACUAUACAGUGUUUCGGUUUUUGUUGGGUUUUUGGAAGCUCUGUACGUUUACGAAAAAAAAAAGAGUUUAAUCUGAAAUGUUGUGGUGUUUGACAUUCUUUUAAAGUGUUUAAAUACACUUAAAGGUAAAAAAAAAAAAGAAAAGAAAAGAAAAAAAGAUACACAAUCAGCAGAUAAAAGAGUGUUGAAGAAACAAUGGCACCUUCCAUCAUAAUGUCCCUUUACCACAACAAAAGCACAGUCCAUCAGCUGAGACGCGUUCCGUGUGUGAAGUUGACCAGUUUACCAGUUAAGUGUCGUGGACCAAAUCUUCCUAAACAACUCGAUUGUAUCAUGAAUAUUACAUACAGUCAUUUAGAAUUUUCCUCAAAUGAUUUGAUAGAAUACUUUUCCUUCUCAUUCCAUCAUUCUCAUUAGUAAGAAAAAGUGUUUAAUUAUUCUGUUACAGUAAAAAAUAUACAGGUCAAAAUAUCACAAUUAAGACAUCAGACAAGGCAGCCACUGGAAAUCCAAUCAUCACUUUCUAUUUUUCCCCUCUCACUGCAGAGAGAUUGCUGUCACUCAGUAUCACAUGGGGGUGUGGCUUACAUCUUGAAGACGGGGCUGCAUGAUAGAAGUGAUUGGGAUCUGAUAAUAGCUCUUAAUUGAUCCUAUUCGUAUGAUAUGAAAUAAACAAUUGUCCUAUCUGACAAUGUGAUAUUUACUCAUGCACGGUGCACAUUUUUUAGCUGAUUUACUAGUGUUGGGGUGAAAGGGACAUUAUGUGUGCUUAUGUUUUAUUUAUUUAUUAAUUUUUUUCCAUUAUUAAUUCGAAUGCAAAUUACAGGUGUGAUUUAGAUUGCACUUGUGCUUGGUUUGAUCCAGGGUGUAAAUUAUAUUAUAUUAUAUUAUAUUAUAUUAUAUUAUAUUAUAUUAUAUUAUAUUAUAUUAUAUUAUAUUAUAUUAUAUUAUAUUGUGUGAAGAUAUAUUUCUAUCAAACGUGUUAGAUCAUUUUCUAUUUUAUUUAUAAUUUUUGUUUAUUAUUAUUAUUAUUAUUAUUAUUAUUUAUUUAUUUAUUUAUUUAUUUAUUUAUUUAUUUUUGUUAGAAAAGUUCCACUGCCACACAGGAAUGUACGAAAUGUCUGUACUGUCCAAAAAAAAAUGUUCUGCCAAAAAAAGAGAGAGAAGAAAGAAGAAGAAGGAAAAAAAAAUCAAGUCUAUUUUUGUUUUAACCAUAUGAAUAAUUAUAAAUAUACUGUACAAUUAGAAAAAAAAUCUAUAUAAUGAUAGAUAUAACCAAUGUAAACUGGUAAUCCGGAUUAUUUGUUCGUGUUUAGACGUGUUCGGUGUCACUAUGCUUUUACUCUUUUCUACUUUUCUCCAUUUGUAGAUAAUUUAUAAAUGUUUAUACUUUUUUUUAAUGUGUUGAAAUUUCAGAUUGAACAGUGCAAGCAUUAUUCAUGGUCUCUCUCUCUCUCUCUCUCUCUCUCUCUCAAAAAAAACAAAAAAAAAACAAAAAACAAAACAAAACCCUACAUUCGUGUGGUCACUCAGUGAAUUAAAGGGGGGGAAAAAAGAGAAAAGUUACGUUCAUGAUUACGAUGUGACUGUGCAUGUGUCAUGUACACAUUUUUUUCUAAGGGAAAUAAAUUUAAUAUUUUUUACA